ACCACUCCGCAUUAGGCGGUAUGCGGAGUUACUGGCCGGACCUCGCGCUUCACUUCGCCAUGCGGGGGCGGCUUCUGCUCCUGGGGGCUGCUGUCCUCCUGCUGGGGGGCUCAGGACGGGCCCACCCCACACCGACGCCUAACGCAUUCAACGGCUCCUCUUCCUCCUCGCACUCCCUGCGCCAUUUCUACACAUCUGUGUCGGAGCCUGGCCAGGGGCUGCCUCGGUUCAUCAUUGUAAGUUAUGUGGACGACCAGCUCUUUAUCCAGUACGACAGCGACACAAAGACUGUGCAGCCUCGAGUCCCCUGGAUGGAGAAGGUGGGGGAGGGGGAUCCCCAGUACUGGGACAGGAACACCCAGAGAGCACGUAACGCUGAGCAGAGCUUCAGAGUGGACCACGUGAACCUGCGGAAGUACUACAACCAGACUGGAGGGUUUCACACCUGGCAGCUGAUGUACGGCUGUGAGCUGAGGGGAGACGGGAGCAAAGGGGGGUAUGACCAGUCUGGCUAUGACGGGAGGGACUACCUCGCCUUCGACAAGGAGACCCUCACCUGGACGGCCGCCGAUGUCCCGGCACAAAACACCAAGAGGAAGUGGGAGGCUGAACGUGCCUUUGCCCAGCAUGAAAAGGCCUACCUGGAGGAGGAAUGCAUUGAGUGGCUGCGGAGAUACCUGGACUACGGGAAGGAGACUCUGCUGAGGACAGAUCCCCCCGUGGGGAAGGUGACGCGCGUGGCCAAGGCUACUCAUGAUGAGAUGGAGACCCUCGUCUGCCAGGCCCACGGCUUCUACCCCAAGGAGAUCGACGCCACCUGGACGAGGGACGGGGAGAACAUGGACCAUGUGACCUUCCGUAAAAGCGUUGCUCCCAAUUCGGACGGGACCUACCACACCUGGCUCAGCAUUGAGAUCGACCCCAAGGAGAGGGAUCACUACCGGUGCCACUUGGACCAUGCCGGCCUGUCAAAGCCUCUGGUCUUGGCCUGGGAGGAGCCUGAGGGAUGGCAGGUCAGCGUCAUUGUGGGAAUCAUUGUCGGGAUCUUGGCUGCUGUCCUGCUGGUCACUGGGAUCGUCUAUUGGAUCAGGAAACGGCGAGAGAAGGCAGCCUUUCAAGCAGUGCCUGGAAGUGACAAAGGAUCUGACGGCUCUGUCAAAACAUGAUAUUCUGUUGGAGGGUGAGGUGAGACCUGAAGACGUCCACCAAAAUGUUUGCUGAGAAAUUCCAGUGCUAAGAUGAGCUCCUGCUUGCCUUUGGCAGUGUUCGCUGUGCUACCUAAUCUUGGCCUAGCUGAUCUGACUCCCAACUGGAGUUGCUUUGAUCUGAGGGGAAAUGACGUUUUUAAGCUGAUUUUCAUUCAUAUUCGUUAUGAUCAGAAAUGUGCCAAAUAUAUGCAACUAGAGUAAUAAGUUUUCAAAGGGAAGAAAA